AUGGACAAAAAUAUUGUAAAUGAUUGGUUAUCAAAUUUGUUAAAGGUAUUCAGAUGUUAUCAUUCUGUCUUAUUCUCUCUAUCCUCUCCGACGUUGUUAAAUCUCCAGUCAUCUUGUUCAAUCGUUGACCAAACCUCCUCAAUCGAUUGCAGACUCGCUUCGUUUUCAUCUUCAUCUGUUGGAUAUAUGGACACUAGAACUUGGUAUUCUGUUCUUUUAGACAAAACCCAGAUGCUAUGGAAAAAUCUGAAUUUGAGGGAUAUCUUGAUGCUCCACCCGAAAAAUGAAUAAUGAAACAUUUGAAAUUGUGAAGUGGUGGAGUGACAAAAGCACAACAUACAAGGUGUUGACAUCAAAGGACACUCUAGCCAUUCCAGUUUCCACAGUUGCUAGUGAGUCUACUUUUAGUACAUACGGUUGUGUGGUAGAUGACUUUCAUAAUAAUUUGCUUCCAAAAACGUUGGAAGAUUUGAUAUAUACUCAAGAUUGGUUGAGGGCAUCAAAUGUUUGUAUUGACUUUGAACAAUUAUUGGAUGAUGUGGAAAAAUACCAAGAAGGUAAGUUACACAGUUAUUUAUUAUUUUAUUUUAUGUUUCUUGUAUAAUAUUUAUUAUUCAAAUUUGACUUUUUAUGCUUAAUUU